AUGCGUUCUUUGCAUCAAUCAGUGUGGAAGAAGGCCGGAAUCGACGAGGCCAUCAUGAAUUCAACCUACACAAUCAUAAGAAAUGACAAGUUGGUGUUUGGGUUUGCUGAGAGAUGGUGCUCCGAGACCAAUACAUUUGUGUUCCCAUGGGGAGAAACAACCAUCACUCUCGAAGAUAUAAUGAUUUUGGGAGGUUACUCUGUUUUGGGUGACUCUGUUUCAAGCCCUCUUGAAUCAAGAGAAAUGGAGGAAACCCAAGAGAAACUCCUCCGAGCACGGACUGAAUUAACCAGGAGUAAAGCUAAUAAGGCCUGCCAACAUGGAUGGAUGUCUAAAUUCAUGGCUAGUGGAAGCGACGUAGAGCACGAAGCAUUCCUAACCUUUUGGUUGUCAAGGUUUGUCUUCUUCUCAUCGUUAUCUAGCACCAUAGGAAAAGAUGUUAUUCCAAUUGCUAUCCAUCUAGCUAAAGGUACUAGAAUCGCGCUUGCACCGGCUGUUCUUGCAAGCCUUUACAAAGACUUGAGUUUCUUGAAAGAGGCUAUUGUGUCCCCAAACAGAUUAGGAGUUACAGUUUGCGCGCCAUUACAAUAUGUUCAGAUUUGGGCAUGGGAGAGGUUCCUUACAUUGCAGCCAAAUGCCAGUUCCGUUGGACAUGGUGAGCCAAGAUUGGCUCGAUGGGAGAAAGCUAAGAAAGUGAACAUUGAGAAUAUAAGGUUGACAUUAGAUUCAGCUGGAGAAUAUUUUCUGUGGCGGCCGUAUGCUGCAAACAAUGAGAAAGGAGAGUGGUUAUUGUUUCGUCAAGGGACGGAUGAGAAAAUGGAGUCACUUGCUUUAUGCUUGAGGGUCUGUGAGCUGGUUGGGCAUGGAGCUAGGUGUAUAGAGCAGUACCUUCCACAUCGAGUAGCACGACAGUUUGGGUUGGAUCAAGAUCUUCCAGGUCCGGUUGCUCGUUUCAAUGCAACUCCUGCAAUUGCUUGGAGGAAUUACAAGAGGCCAAUUAAGGACAAGAAAUUAUAUAUUCCACCACGACAUUGUGAGCCGGGUGUUACGAAUCGAUAUUUGGAGUUGUGGAAUAAAAUAAAGAUUGGUCAGCAUCAGCAAGAAGCUAAUUCAAAUAGUUUGGAAAGAACUCCACAAAGUUGUAAGAGAGAAACAGAUCCUGCUGUGCCUCCUGGUUCCACCCAAAUGCAUUUCUAUUGA